GAGUUGGAGAGAAAAAAAAGAAGAAGGGUUAUAAAAAGAGCAACUCCCCGAGAAGGGGGCCCAAGAGCAGCCCCGGAGGCCAAGCGAGGAGGAGCCCAACCCUGGCCGCCCGGGAGGACUUGCUGGGGCGCCGGGGGGGGCACGCCUGGAGAUGCAGCUCCGCGCCGGGCUCCUGCCUCUGGCGCUGCUGUGCGCAACGGCGGCGGCGGCGGCGGCGGCGGGGAGCGCCCGCAGGCUGGACGGCCGCGCCCGCCGGGACGCUUCGCCCGCGCCGGGCACCUGCGCCACCCGCCUCGCCCGCGGCCGCCGCGCCCCGGACCCUCCGCCGCCGCCGCCGCGCCACCCCGGCCGGAGGCGGCGGGCGGCGCUGGCGGCGGGCGGGCGGGCGUGGUACUUCGGCGGCGGGCCGGUGCGGCUGCGAGCGGCGCUGGAGCUGCCCCGGGACGCCUUCACGUGGCAAGCGUGGCUGCGCGCCGAGGGCGGCCAGAAGGCGCCGGCCGUGAUCGCAGGAUUGUAUGACAAAUGCUCAUACACAACACGUGAUCGAGGAUGGGUCCUGGGGAUUAACACCGUCAGUGACCAGGGGAAUAGAGACCCUCGCUUUUUCUUCUCCUUGAAGACAGACCGUGCCCGGAAAGUCACUACCAUCACAGAUCAUCGUAGCUACCUCCCAAAUCAGUGGGUGCACCUAGCUGUUACCUACAAUGGACGCUUGAUGAAGCUUUAUGUGAAUGGUGCCCAGGUGGCCACCAGUGGAGAGCAGGUAGGGAGCAUCUUCAGCCCGUUGACCAUGAAAUGCAAGGUGCUCAUGAUUGGAGGGAAUGCUCUGAACCAGAACUACCGAGGCUACAUAGAACACUUCAGCCUUUGGAGAAUGGCCAGAUCUCAGAAGGAGAUCCUGUUGGACAUGGUCCAGGUGACUCACGAAGUAGAUGCUCCUCUACCUCAGCUUGUUUUUCGGGAGAGUUUACUGAAUGUGAAAAGCACCUGGUCUCCUAUGAAAGACAGCCCUACUCCUGAGAUUGAGUUCUCUUCUCACCCUGGCUACUUGUUGGAUACAAACCUCAAUCCUCCUCUAUGCGGGCAAACUGUCUGUGACAAUGUGGAGGUAAUUGCCAGCUACAACAAGCUCCCAAACUUCCGCCACAAAAAAACAGUGCGCUACCAGGUGGUGAAUAUCUAUGAUGACUACCAUCGGAAUCCGAUGGUUAGCCACCAGCAGAUAGAAUUUCAACACCGACACUUGAACGAGGCCUUCAACCCGUAUAACAUCACAUGGGAACUGGAGGUGCUGGAGAUUAAAAACUCCUCUCUCCGAAACCGCCUCAUCUUGGCCAAUUGCGAAAUUAGCAAGGUUGGAAAUGAAAAUUGUGACCCUGAAUGCAAUCAUAGCCUAACAGGGUAUGACGGAGGGGACUGCCGGAUUGUGCGCCAUUCGUCAUUUAACAAGAAGAAACAGAACGGGGUUUGUGACAUGGACUGCAACUUCGAGAGGUACAGCUUUGAUGGUGGGGAUUGCUGUAAUCCGGAGAUAACGGAUGUCACCAAGACAUGCUUUGAUCCAAAUUCUCCUCACAGGGCAUACUUAGAUGUCAAAGAACUCAAGAACAUCCUCAAUCUGGACGGGUCGACACAUCUCAACAUCUUCUUCGCUAACUCCUCUGAAGAAGAGUUGGCUGGCGUGGCCACUUGGCCCUGGGACAAAGAAGCUUUGCUACAUUUGGGGGGAAUUGUACUGAAUCCUUCCUUCUAUGGCAUACCAGGCCACACACACACAAUGAUCCAUGAAAUAGGCCAUAGCCUGGGACUCUACCAUGUCUUUCGAGGCAUCUCUGAGAUACUUUCCUGCAGCGAUCCCUGCAUGGAAACGGAGCCUUCGUUUGAGACAGGGGACCUCUGCCGUGACACCAAUCCAGCUCCAAAACACAAGCUCUGUGGCGACCCGUCUCCUGGCAACGACAUGUGUGGCUUCCGCAGCUUUCAGAACACACCGUAUAACAAUUUCAUGAGCUACACAGAUGAUGACUGCACCAAUUCCUUCACACCCAAUCAGGUGGCUAGAAUGCACUGUUACCUGGACCUGGUGUACCAGAGCUGGCAACCUGUCAAGAAGCCUGCUCCCAUAGCUAUCUCACCACAGAUUGUGAAUCGCACAGAGACCUCAGUCACCUUGGAGUGGUUUCCACCUAUUGACCAGCAUUUCUUUCAAAGAGAAGUGGGAUCAGCAUGUGAUCUGUGUGUGGAAGGCCGAAUCCUAGCACAAUAUGCUUUCAGCGCCUCCUCCCCAAUGCCAUGUGACCCAUCGGGCCACUGGAGCCCGCGAGAAGCAGAAGGUCACCCUGACGUAGAGCAACCCUGCAAUCCCAGUGUUAGGACUUGGAGUCCAAACUCAGCAGUUAUCAAGGAGACUGUCCCGCCAAUCUGUCCUGAACCCCAAGGCUGCUAUUUGGAGCUGGAGUUUCAAUACCCAGUGAUCCCAGAAUCUCUGACUAUCUGGGUGACUUUCGUCUCAGAGGAGUGGGAUUCCAGUGAAGCCGUGAAUGACAUUAAGCUCUUGCUGGUCAGUGGGCGGAAUAUCUCCCUUGGGCCUCAGAACUUCUUCUGUGACAUCCCCAUGACCAUCCGACUGGACCCCAAGAAGGCGAAUGAGGAGGUCUAUGGCAUCCAGAUCUACACCUUAGAUGAGCAGCUGGAGAUUGAUGCUGCCAUGUUGACCUCUGUCCCGCAGAGUCAGCUGUGUGUCGACUGCCAGCCCAUCUGGUACAAAAUCAUCCGAGACCCUCCUUUUCAGAAAGGCUCUUCAUUCAUCAUUUCGGACCUCAGCCGGAAAUUUGUCGACACCGAAAUCAGAGCAGGCAGCUUAUACACUUACUGGGUCGCCGUUGUUUCCGGGAGGGAAGAGAGCGAAGCAUCCCCUCCUCUCGCUUAUGUCCAUGAAGGCAGCUACUGUGGCGAUGGAAUUAUCCAAAAAGACCUUGGCGAAGAGUGUGAUGACAUGAACAAGGUCAGUGGAGAUGGCUGCUCUCUGUUUUGCCGGCAAGAGCUAUCCUUCAACUGUGUUGAUGAACCAAGCAGGUGUUACUUCCACGAUGGCGACGGGGUGUGUGAAGAGUUUGAACAGAUGACCAGCAUUAUCGACUGUGGGGUCUAUACUCCCAAGGGUUUCCUGGACCAGUGGGCUUCCAACGUGUCUGUCUCACACCAUGAUGAACGAUGCCCAGGGUGGGUGGUCAUAGGGCAACCAGCAGCAAACCAGGCCUGCCUAACCAAGGACUUCAGUGAGGAUCUCAGUGAUGAGAUGGCUCAGUAUGCGUGGUAUCCAUGCACUGCCAACCACACCCAGACCACUUACUGGCUCAAGGCUCUCUUCUCCCAGCCAAUGGUCGCUGCGGCUGUGAUCAUUCAUUUGGUUACAGACGGCUUGGAUCCAGCUGAUUACCAUGACCAGAAGCAGGAGACCAUUUCAGUGCAGCUACUUGACACAAAAGACCAAAGUCAUGACCUUGGGGUCCAUGGUUUGAGCUGCAGGAAAAACCCCUUGAUAAUUCCUGUCAUCCAUGACCUCAGCCAGCAUUUCUACCACACCCAGGCGAUCCUUAUCACCUUCAGCUCUCAAUUUGUGGCCAUCUCUGGGGUGGCCUUACGCUCCUUCCACAACUUUGACCCCAUCACCGUCAGCAGCUGCCAGAGCGGACAGACCUACAGCCCAGCUGAGCAGAGUUGCGUCCAUUAUUCUUGCCAAUCUACUGACUGCCAAGAACUGGAGAUCGAAAACGCGAGGGUGACUUGCACCAGCAUGGGGCUCAACAGUGGUGCCCAGUGCAACGUCACUUGCAAAAUGGGCUACGUCCUCCAGAUACAGAGAGAUGAUGACCUUUCGAAGCACCAGCUGGAGUCCAGCAUCACCAUGACGUGUGUCGAUGGAAAGUGGAACAAGCAGGUUGCCUGUGAGCCCAUUGACUGCGGCAUCCCUGACCAGUACCAUGUCUACCCAGCAGCCUUCAACUGCAGCGAGGGAACCACCUUUGGCAAGCAGUGCUCCUUUACGUGCAAACCUCCAGCUGUGCUGAAAGGAAGCAACAACAACUUGACAUGCAUAGAGGAUGGGCUGUGGUCCUUCCCAGAGGCCCUUUGUGAACUGAUGUGCCGAGCUCCUCCGCUGGUUCCCAAUGCAGAUCUCCAGACCACUCGUUGCCAUGAAGGGAAGCACAAAGUGGGGUCCUUUUGCAAGUAUAAAUGCAAGCCAGGUUAUCAUGUUCCCGGCUCUUCUAGGAAGCCAAGGAAGAGGGCCUUCAAGAUCCAGUGUGGGCAAGAUGGAAAUUGGCUGGAAGGAGCCUGUAUCCCAGUGACCUGUGAUCCUCCACCUUCCAAGUUCCACGGGUUGUACCAAUGCACCAACCGCUUCCAGUUCAACAGUGAGUGCAGGAUCCAGUGCGAGGAAGAUGGCACCCAAUCAGGUCGUGGGAACAACGUGAUCCAUUGCCGGAAGGAUGGCACCUGGAGUGGCUCCUUCCACCUCUGCAAGGGGAUGGAAGGCCAUUGCUCCCCUCCCAGCCAGCUGAACAGCAGGCUCAAGCUGCAGUGUCCAGACGAGUACGGCAUAGGAGCUGAGUGUAUCACCUCAUGCCCGGACCAUCACGAGCCCGUCCUGUUGCGUGCCAAUGAGACAGUACAAGACAUCCAGCACUGGAUGAACCCCCCAAGAGUAAAGAACAUCGUCUGCACAGCGGCACUCAAGUGGUACCCGUACCCUGCACUGAUCCACUGCAUGAAGAAAUGUGAGCCUUUCAUGGGAGACAACUACUGUGAUUCCAGCAACAACAAAGCCUUUUGCAACUACGAUGGUGGAGACUGCUGUGCUUCAACUGUCAAGACUAAAAAAGUGAUCCCCUUCCCGAUGUCCUGUGAUAUGCAGGGGGACUGUGCGUGUCGCGAUCCUAAUGCCCGGGAGCACAACCGACGGGAUCUCCGUGGCUUCAGCUUUGGAUAACUCAAAGCAAACGGGAACAAAAGAGAAACACCUCCAAAGGCAGACAAGGAAGAGAUGUCAUCGCACCCCCUUUUCUGGUAUCAUUUUUAACCAUUUCAGCUGCUCAACCGAAUGGCAUUUCUACACCAGGGACCUUUAGAAUUCAACCAGUCUGCCUUUAAUUUCUUUGCCCAAGGAGAACUGAAAUAUUGGGGGAGGGGAGGGAGGACAAGGGGAUUAUUGUAUUAAAUGUAUCUUAAUAGCAAGAACAAGCAAAACAGCAACCACAAACAGUGGCGUACUUCUAAGAGUUGGGAGGGGAGGGGAAGAGCAUGCGUUACGCAUCCACCUAAUUCAAACCAUUUGUGGUUGAAGUUUUAGGUUUGUACGUUUGUUUGUUUGUUUGUUUCUUUUGGUUACAUUUUGCUUUUGUAUUCAGAUUACAGCAAGAAACAAGCCAUAUAUAAAUGUAUACCUAAUAUUUAUAGAGAGAACUAGAGAGGGAGGGGGUGGAAGAGAGAAAAAGAGAGAGAGAGAGAGAGAGAGAAUGUCAUGGUGAUCGAAGGGUUUUCAAUAGUCUUUGCUCUCUCCAACAUUCGUGGCCAAAACCGUUUGUCGAAGAGCUCGGCCUCAUCUGAUGCUGAGUGCUGUCAGAACCAAAGUGUGCAGAGAAGAUGGUUUCACCACAGGUGGGGAACUCCUCGAGCAAUAUUGCUCUGAGAUUACGGAGAGAGGGGUGAAGCGUCCUGAGGUGAGACGCCAAGGGAGUCUUGCCUGUGGUGACGUACCAAAGGCCGAAAGCUGCUGAAGGUGGGGCCAAGGACCAGAGGCACACUAACUGCACCUGGGGGCGGGGGUGGGACAGAGAAGAGGGUCAACCAAAACCUCCAUCCUUUUUUGCCGUUCAAGCAUAUCUGCUGCUGCUACUCCUGCUGCUGCUAUGUCCCAUACAACCGAUCCCCCUUCCUGUGUCAGGACAGGGCGAAACCAACCUCCAAGCAACCAAACAGUCUGCCUUAAAUUGCUUUACCUAAUUGCCUGCAUUCCAAACCUCGGGGCUGCCUCCUUGGCCAGGAGGGCAAAGAAGACGGGGCACCAACCAGGUGGGGGGGAAAAGCCACCAGAUACCCUCUGAAACAUCUUAGCAUCCCACUCUAAUAAUUUAGAAGCCUUUCCCAUUAUCCCCUUCUUCUUGAGACAGAAGUGUGGACUAGGGGAGAUAAAAGAGGACCAUUCCCAGAGCGGACCUUAUCAGUAUUAUGAGGGCAGGGUCUCCUUCUUGACAGAGAAGGGGCAUCUGGUGCUACUGCCUUUGCCCAUCUCACUUCUUCCAUUUAGUCCUCUCCGGGGUCAGUUUCUCGGUGGCACUUACUGGGUGCAAUUCAUGCUGCUCCAAAUCCCUCAUUCUGCAUCCAGAGACCGCAUGUGACCUCCCAGGAAUGCAGAAUGUGUGCCAAGAUGGCCACGUCCCUCUCUAAUCUGGGAUAAGAAAACUGGGAUAAGAAAAAUCCUGGGAUAAGAAAAAUGCUCUAAGAAAACUAGAGCAUCCUGCUCCUUUAUCCAGGAAUGGCAUUGAGAUAUUAAGAACAUAAGAACAUAAGAACAAGCCAGCUGGAUCAGACCAGAGUCCAUCUAGUCCAGCUCUCUGCUACUCGCAGUGGCCCACCAGGGGCCUUUGGGAGCUCACAUGCAGGAUGUGAAAGCAAGGGCCUUCUGCGGCUGUUGCUCCCGAGCACCUGGUCUGUUAAGGCAUUUGCAAUCUCAGAUCAAAGAGGAUCAAGAUUGGUAGCCAUUGUUGUUCUUGGGCUCUUUCAUAUAAAAUACACCUCAUCCCUGCAGUUCUGAGACCUGAAUCCCCAUUUAGUUUUCACCGUGAGCAAAUCAGCUUACCUUCACAAUGUUGUAUGUUUCCUCGCACCCCAUUUCUCCCUGUAAAACGUACACCCUUCAGUAUUAUUUGUGCGUCAAAACUGCAUUUUGCAUGUAGCAUACAGACAAAUAGCACAUGUCAAACAUGUACAAGGUAUGUCUGAAAUUGAUAUACAACAUACAUACCCAACGCAAACAAAUCAACAAAGCUAACAGCAGAAGGCAGGGCGGAAUGUGGAACAAAUAUCAGAAGAAAUGAACACAGGAAACAUUUGCGUGAUGCUUUUAUAGUAAUAAUGGCCUCCUGUUGGCAUGUCUGCUUUCUGGUUUGGGUGACAAACAAAAUCGGUUCCCCUGCAGCUUUUCAAAUCCAAGGAAGAGAGACAGCAUUGAAAGAAUAUUCAGGCCGACUGGAGAUAUUUCUGAGAUAAAAAGACUGAUAUUUACAGAAUUCUGAACGAUUGCUGCCAACUGUGGGCAUAACAGCAAUGAAUAGCAAUUCAUUCCAGCAAACUAUGGGAAAUGUAGCUAGGUAAGAAAAAAAGCUGGGAGGCUUUAUUGGAGAAUUCUUAGCAGCCUCGCUAAACCACAGUUCCUAGGGUUCUUCAGGGGAAAGCAAGGAAAUUAAACAUAACACUAACAGGAAUUUCUACUGAAGAUAUGACAUCUCUGAUCAGCCGGUCUGGUACCUUCAAAGUAUGCAAAUUCAAAUCAGUAAUUAGAACAAGGCAGGGAAAUGGGGCCACCCACAGAACUGAAAAUCCUAGAGAGGCCAAAUCCUAUGACUGCAUUCCUCAUGUGACUGGUUUGUUCUGUAUUUUUAUUCUUCAGAGUAUUUCAAUCACCAGAAUGCUCCUUCUCUUGAAUUCCUGUUUAUUGGGCACAUACCCAUACACUUGGCCCCUAUGUCCAGGUCACAUGAUUUGCCGACUUAUUUCCUCCACAGUCACAACCCAAUCAUCUGCCUUCCAGACAAGGGGAAGAUGGUGGGUUUCACAGUAAGCAACGUGGCCUCCUCCUGACACAGUCAUGCCCGUUGCAGAUUCUAGAAUAAGACUCCAGUUCCUCCAAAGCUGGCCCCGUUGCGUGUUCCCUGAGGAAUGAAGGACCAUUUUGAGCUCUUCAGCUCUGCUCUGGGCAAAUAGUGCAAACAGUGCUGGUGAACAAGGUUUCUUUUAUCAUCACCUCAAGCAAGCAAGGGAGGAAAUCAGUAAUACACACACACACACACACACACACACACACACACACACACACACACACACACACACACACACACACACACACACACACACACAAAGACUUGCUACACCUCACCAUGGCUGCAACUGAAUUCACACCCUGUUUUCUCCUUCAUGUUAGGGAAUCAGUUCACUAGACAGUGAAAUCUUCAUGCGAACAGACCGUAGGAGUCCAAAGUGUGUUGGUCUCCUAGGCCAAAAUACGGCCAAGGAUCUUCAACGAAGCAAAGUGGUCCUCAUCCGCUUUCCCCGCUGUGCUGAAUCUAUCCUGUCACACAGGUUGUUGUGUUCUUUUGCCAACUCAAAAAAUAAAAAAAAGUUGGCCCAUGGCCCAGCCCAUUAGAAAAUGCCAUGCUACUUGGCCCGAAUUAAUUGAAUUAAUCUCCUGUUACCCCCAGCGGGAUGCUCCGGGUUAACCACUUCCCUGUCCGCUCCUUUGAACUAAAUGGGCCAGGUUGGUGACUUGGCCUUCCUUGUUUGCUUGAAAGCUGAUAAGAAAAGGAGGUCUUCAGCCCCUGACGGUCAUUUGGAAUCAGGCUUCAGCUACCUCCAUUCUAGUGUCACUUGGUUGUAACUGUCGGUUUGUUCUAGGUUUUACCUGUGUUUUGUUUUUGUCUUUUUUAAAGAAAAAAAAGCGGGGAAAAGGUUUGGGCUUUAAUCCUCCAGGUUAACUUAACAAACAUUUCUUGCUGCAUCUGAUUCAAGAGGCAUAUGAGAAAAACCAAUGAUUUUCUUUUUGCACAGACAAUAGUGUGUGUGUUUGUGUAUGCGCGUGUGUGUGUAAGAGAGAGAGGGAGGGUGGUGCAGAAAGACCGAUUUGAAAAGAGCAAGGUCUAUUUUUGAGUAUUAUAACAUGAGAUGUCAAUUUCCCGCCCACCGAGGAGGCAGACUUAUCGCAUAGAUUUCCUCAGAAAUGAUGUGAGGGCGUCAUAAUGUCUUGGACAGGAAUCCUCUUCAAAGGUACUCCUGCACAAACCCUUUCGAAAUGAGCAGAAGGUGCAUGAGAAUCUAUGGCAGCCUUCUGCUUUUCCCAUUCAUUUCACUGGGCCAAGCAGGAAGCAGCCGGCUCUAUUGAAUCAUAGUGGAUCUACCAAUGGCAAACCAUUUCAUUGCUAGUGGACCAUGCCCCCUAUCUAAUUCCUUUACCCUUUUGCUUCACGAGAGUUCAAAAGAUGCAUAUUCCUUACCUCUUGGUAUUCUGUUGUUCCUGCUUAUGUGAAGAAGGAGGGUAGUCUUACCCUCAAAGUCAUUGGAAGAGCAAAGCAAGAAUGUCAUUUGUCGGUAUGAGUGAGUCCUCUUCCCCCAUUGUUAACUUUUACCAGUAUUUCAUUGCUCUUCUAACUGCACAAUCUCGAUUCACAAUAUUAAGAGCAAAAAGAGAAAACCAGGGUGAAGGGGAGCUGCUAAAAGGAUCCUACAUGUGAAAUUGGUUUUUUUUGGGGGGGGGGGACCAGAUUUGUUCUGUCUUUGAAAUUCCUUUCAUUGUCAUCAGACAAAGAUGGCUGAAUGAGGGUGCAGCAGCAUAUGAGGCUGGGUCCGCGGCAGACCCGAACGCCCUGCUGUCCACAACACAACACUUGGAUGUUCCCGCAGGCAGUCAGUUUGAGUCCAGUUUCAGUCAGCAGAGGACCAUAUAGAGGGUCAUGUGACACCAUGGCCAGAUUUUCGUUGCUUUUGCAGCAUUGGGCUCCCUCAGUUUGCUCCUCUGUAGUAUCUGCUCUAUCCUGGAGUCCUUUCACAGAGCAGCAGUGCUUCUUUUACUGCUUUCAGUGGCUCCAUGCUUGAUGAUGACUAGGGCAAUAUUUGCUGCCAAUUAAGGUGUUGUCUAGCAGAUUGGAAAUUUUAUGUACUUUGGCACAUGGCAGGAAGGAACAGCCACUGAGCGGCUUCUCUGUGGAGUUCAGAUCCCAUUUAAGCACCCAAAGGCAGCUUUUGUCUUUGUUGCAUUGUUGUAAUCCGAACUGACCUACACCCACUCUUGGCCUAAAUGGCACUCUCUCAGUCAUUCAGGUCCUAGUCCACCUUCAUGUACCUAGAAGCAAAACAGUUCUGAGCAUCAUGCAUUUGCCCUGGGACAUGGUCACUGGAUGGCUGAGAUCAGAGCAAUUCAACAGCCACUUCGAGCAUGUUUUGCUUCCCAGCCUAGCCAAGCCAAGCUUGAUUUUCAGUCCUUUAGUGAGCACUAUAGGGUGAAAAAGAGUUGUUCCUUAGAAUUGGCCGAUUUUCUCAGGCCUGACCGCAGAUGCAAAGGAGUGGGGCUCUUGCAUCUUCCAGAGUUGUCUGUAAGUAGGACAGUUAUUGGAAACUGUUUGUUGAGGAAAGACAAGAUUUCAAUUUUUUUUACCCCUGCUGUUUCAACUCCCCUCAGAAUUUCUACUCCAAUUCUCCACUUUGAGAUUCUCUACUUUUUUUUUGCAUCCUUGCACCAAAUUUCCCCCAUAAUAUUUGUAUAUUUCAAAUGUAAUGUGUGUGUGGAUAAACCAGCAUUUGUACAUUAUUUAUGAUGUACCCUUGCUUGAAUUUCCCAAAUGAGUAGUGGAGACGCAAAGCCAUAGGAAAAAAAAAUACAUGAGGAGAAAAGAAAGAAAAUGUUUGUCCCUACAAAAAUGCCCCCUCCCCCAAAUUCCUGUACAUUCAAGGUAUAGGAUUAUGUCUCCUGCUUUGCAUCUGAUCUCUACAUGCAGAUGUUGGGAUGGCGAAGUCAAUAAUCCCAUGUGUUUGGAGGCUCCUGGGUCUCAGACAAUUGUACCCAGAGGGAAAUCGAGGACUUUUCAAGUAUAAAGUAGAAUGGAGAGCCCAUGUUUCUUUUCCAAGACCUAAAUGAAAAGAUGAGACCUCAUUUUGGAACCUCUUUUAUCGCCCAACUGAAACUCCACCAACUUGUAGAACUCAGUCUAAGAAACCAAUUGUUAGGAGGAAAGAAAGCAGAAUCUACAUCAACUAGUAGCCUUUAUCACGGUUGUGGGGCGACCCUUACCCCCAGUGCUAGUUGAGAGUGUGAAGGCAGGGCGAAAGAAGUUUGGUGUGAUUCAAGCCCUAGAUUUUCAGCCAAGAUGUUAACUGUUCUGAGCUCAGCGAUAUCUGAACACACAAUGGUUUGAACUCCAGAACCUCCAGAAAGCCAAACGCGGAACAGGAUAUAUGUGAUACUUGCCUCAGGGGUGAGUUUCCUGGGCCAGGCUGAAGAAGCAUUUCCAUAGUCUGCUUAGUUUAGGUGGAACAUCUUCGUUCCAACAAGUUCCUGUGGGACCACAGAGAAAACGGGGGGACACAAAUAUUGUGGGACUGAACCAACAGAUCAGGAGACAUCCCAUGAUCCUUCCUCCUUUUGGUGAUGUGUUGUUUUUAUUAUCAGUCCAUUUUUCAGUGCUGCAAUUCAGAGAAAUGCCCUAGACACCCCCCCCCUUUUACAAAUUCCCACAUGUAUCUUUCUCAUGUGUAUCUUUACUACCUGUGGGGAAACCUUUGCCAAGAGAUUUUACUACACAGAUGGCUGGGGCCCCAGGUCUAAGCCUCCUUCAAGCUGGUGGAGCUGGAUUUGGUCUCCUGCCACCUCAAAGAGUUAUCAGCAUUUUCAGAGCAGACAGCACAAGCCACAUGCUGGGGACUCCCUCUGUAGGAGCAGCAGUGGCAUAGUGGUUAAGAGCAGGUGUACUCUAAUACGGAGGAACCGGGUUUGAUUCCCUGCUCCGCUGCCUGAGCUUAUCUGGGGAAUUCAGAUUAGCCUGUGCACUCCAGCACAUG